UCCCGUCGCGCCAUCGCCCAUCAUGUCGCUCGUGUCCGGCGAGAAGACGAACUUCCAGUACAUCUUGCGUCUGCUCAACACCAAUGUUGACGGCAAGCAGAAGAUCAUGUACGCCUUGACCCAGAUUAAGGGUGUCGGCCGUCGUUACUCCAACUUGGUUUGCAAGAAGGCCGAUGUUGACCUGAGCAAGCGCGCUGGUGAGCUCACCACCGAAGAACUCGAGCGUAUCGUCACCAUCCUCCAGAACCCCACCCAGUACAAGAUCCCCACCUGGUUCCUCAACAGACAGCGCGACAUCGUCGACGGCAAGGACUCCCAGGUUCUGUCCAACGGUCUGGACAGCAAGCUCCGUGAGGAUCUUGAGCGCCUGAAGAAGAUCCGCUCCCACCGUGGUCUGCGUCACUACUGGGGUCUCCGUGUCCGUGGUCAGCACACCAAGACUACCGGCCGCCGUGGACGCACCGUCGGUGUCAGCAAGAAGAAGGGCUAAACCAUUACGGAUGUCUUUUUUGUUUUCCGCUGGAGUGGAUUUGGUGGGACUAUGUUGGUGUGUGUUUACGAAUCCUCGCGGGACUCUGGACUUGAUCUGGUGUUGAUAUAAAAACGACACGGG